CCCCUUCCCUCUCCCUGGCUUAGAAUCAGGUAUGGACACCAACUUUCCAACCCUCUUUCCUUCUUCGGCGCUCCUGAAGGUAACCGGUGCGCGUGCGCACGUCCGUCCGAGGGUGUGUGCGCCCAGUUUCCGGCGCCGCGGGACCCCCCGGACGGCGGGGCUGUCCUUCAACCGGGGCGCCUGCCCCGCUCCGCCCCCGCGGGCUUGCUUCCCAGCCCCGCCCCGGGCCCUCUUCGUCCCGCCCGCUCAGUCCCGCGCUCACCACCGCCCUACAGUUUCGGCCCGCCCUCUCCUCGCCGCUCCUUGGCUCCCCGGGCUGCCCCCGCCCCCGCCCCCGCCCCCGCCACCUCCCCCGCCCUCGCCCCUCCCCUCCAGCCCCUACCCUCGGCUGCUGCCCGAGCUUCAUCCGCGCGCCGUGCAGUCUCCACGGCUACGCGGCGUCCCCAGCGCAGAUCCCCCUCCCCACGCCGGGUUCGGGCUCUGGGCCCCGCGGCUGCCAGGCGCCGCCGGGAAGGGAGGAUGCGCGCAGCGGGGGAAUUCUGUAGACAAGAGAGAUACUGUAAAGACAACAAAGAACAAACAGAAUGGCAGAUUGCUAAUGUUUAAUCCAAAGGAAAAAGUGAUGAUUGAAUCAAAUGAAGCAAUGUCAGAUAAAUGCCUUUUUGGACGCAGACCAAGAUUGGGAACCAAACUUAAUGCCUCACCAACGCAGGUCUCUCCAGAUGUAGCUAAGACGUUCACAGAAAAGAAGGAAGUCCCUUCUAAUAAUAUUGAAAAUAAAGUCUCUUUAAAGAAUACUGAAAAUACAGUAUCUUCAAGGAGUAUUGAAAGUAAAGAUGUCUUAACAAAUCUACAGUCUGACCUACAGUCAUCUUCCUGCUUAAAAGAAAGCACAGGUGAAGUGGGCAAAGAUGCAGUCAUUGUAAAGCAGGAGAAAAAUAAUGAAUAUUCCCUUCAGGAUAUUGAUGAUAAGUUGUCAGAAUCAGCAGAGAAUGAUGGUGAAGACGAUACCAGUGAUGAAGAUAAUGAUGAAGACAGUAACCCUAAAAAGAAUACUCAGGCCCCACUAGAGUUAAUGGCAGAAUUCCUGAGAGCAGAAAUGGCCCGAGAGUACCAUCUGGCAAAAAAAUUAUGUCAGAUGAUCCUAAUCUAUGAACCAGAAAAUCCUGAGGCCAAGGAGUUUUUCACACUUAUUGAAGAAAUGUUGCUGAUGGAGAAAACUCAGAAUCGUGAGAAAGACAGUGAAGAUAGUAAUGAAGACAGCAGCGGUGAGAGUAAAGGAGAAAGUGACGAGCAGAGUGACGGGAGCUCUGACGAGGGUGAAGAUGGAUCAUGAGUGUUGCUGCGAUACUUAAAUCUUCAUGUAUUUUCAUUAAUGUAUAUCAUGCAAAUAGAAAGAUGAGAGUGGCAUUUUA